GGCGACAACGACUCUGACUCCUUCGUCACCACAACUAACACUUAAAUACAGGGUUAACAGUCGUCACAAUGGCACGUCGUCCAGCCCGUUGCUACCGCUACUGCAAGAACAAGCCCUACCCCAAGAGCAGGUUCAACCGUGGUGUACCUGACGCCAAGAUCCGCAUCUUCGAUCUCGGCCGCAAGAAGGCGAACGUCGACGACUUCCCCCUCUGCAUCCACCUUGUCUCCAACGAGUAUGAGCAGCUGUCCUCCGAGGUUCUCUCGAGGCCGCCCGUAUUUGCGCCAACAAGUACCUCGUCAAGGUAGCCGGAAAGGAAGGUUUCCACAUGCGUAUCCGCGUCCACCCCUACCACGUCGUCCGUAUCAACAAGAUGUUGUCGUGCGCCGGAGCCGAUAGGCUUCAAACCGGUAUGCGUGGCGCUUUCGGCAAGCCCAACGGUCUUGUCGCUCGUGUGAACAUCGGCCAGAUCCUCAUGUCCGUCCGAACCAGGGACUCCCACCGUGCCACUGCUCUCGAGGCUCUGAGGCGUUGCCAGUACAAGUUCCCCGGUCGCCAAAAGAUCAUCGUCUCCCGUAACUGGGGUUUCACCCCUCUCCGCCGCGAGGAGUACGUCGAGAAGCGCCAGGAGGGCAGGAUCAAGAUCGACGGUGCCUACGUCCAGUUCCUCCGCAACAAGGGUAACCUCGCCCAGAACAUGCGCCGCUUCCCCGACGCUUUCUCUGCUGAGGCUUAGGUUGUGGGUGGUGAUGACGUAUGCGGAUGAUCAUGGGUCAAAUGGGAUACCGGUUAUGGCGUGAUUUUGUUUUCCUCCUCUCCAGUCAUGGAUGAAGGUUUGAGGAAGAGCAUCUACGGAUUUUAGCUGUAGACAACGACCGAUUUCAGCCUGACAAUGACAAUGAGAUAACAAACAAUACCGCUCA